GCAGCGGCGGGAUGGGAUUUGUACAGCUGUUUUUGUUUUAUUCAAUCAGCUGCAAUAUAUUUAUAAAAUAAAAUUAUGAAUUUAUUGUAAUUUUUAAGAUAUGCAGAAAAGUAAUCAGCAAUUCUUUGAAGGAUGUGGGAAAGAAGGAAAAAUUCGUUGCAUUUUUCUAAGUGAAUUUCAUGCCACCGCAGGUUGCAAAAUCAGUUGCCAGGUGCCGCCUGAUUAUGUUUCAAAAGAUGUAUUUGAUGCUAUUAAUGUGUACAUUAUUCCUAAGCCUCACUUGCAGCGCUGCAUAUUGACUGUGAAUGCCGUGGAUAUGAAAAUUGUGGGAUAUCCCGUUGGCAUAGAGGAUCAACAAAAAUACGUACGCAAUGCAUUUUUGUUUAAUUUAUGUUUUGUGUGCGACUCUUGGGCGCGCUCUGUACACUACGAACCAGUGGUGAAAAAGCUAUCGGAAUAUUUGAUAAUGAUGGAGGAGGAAAAUUGUUUUUUAUCUAAAGUUGAAGAUAACAAGUUGAAACUGCAACAUAUUUUCGAAACAGUCAUUAGGGAUUUAAAUGAGAAGAAAGUGACUACAAUAGUUGAGGGCGAUACAACAAUAUAUCUUAAAAUUGUUACACAUAAACCUGAUCCACCUAUAGUUAAAGAUCACAUGGUGCCUUUAUUGCUGGUUGAUUUUAAAAACACGCCUUUGGACAAUUGGGACUUGACAACUCAACAGAUUUUACCUUACAUAAAUGGCAUUAACCAUAUUGCGCGCAUUGCCGCUGAGGCAGAUGUUGAAACUGAUCUAGUCAAGUCGUGUAUGCAGAAUUUGGCGUACUACGGUGUAGUACAAUUGUUGCCUAUUUUAAAAUAUAGCAAUGUUUAUAUGUGCACACAGAAUCUUAAGAAUCUUAUACAAAACACGUCUCUAACUGCUGCCUGUCGUAAAUACGUUGCACUUAAUCCCGAUAAAAUUCCAAAAAGUCCAACAAUACAGAAAAUAUUUCAGUUCUAUGCUUCAAUGAGUCAUGGAGUUACCUUGCGUGCAAUUUGUCAGCGCUUGUGUCCGCAGAACAAUAACAUCGAUGAAAGGAAAUUGGUUAUAUUUGGUUUACAGCACAAAAUCAUACGCUGCAUACACAAGUAUCCCAUAUUCACUGGUUCUGUGCCUUCAGGACGACAAAAAAUGUACACUGGCCUGUUGAAUUUCGAUGAAAUCUGUUGUAAAACUGGACUCUCACCAUUUAAUAUUGAAAAGGAUAUCGAUAAGGAUACUAAUGUUACAGUUAUAUGGAAAUGAAGUUGUCGCUAGUCUAGAAUAUGAAUAUGUAUAUCUGUAGAAAUUGAUAAACUUCUAAAACGGAG